GCGUGCACCUUCAGAAAGAGGCAUAUGCAGUAGCUGGAAAGCCCCUGCCUUCAGCGCCAAAUACUCCUUUGCCUUGCAUCAAUGCAUGGAAUCAGUUUCACUUUCAGUGCCACAGCAAACGCCCUGCAAACAGGAUCUCUAGCUUUCUGUGCUUAAGGAAACAAAGGAAGUGUUCCUGAGUGCCUCUGAAUAUCCAUAUAGGAUUGACUCUGGAAAACCACUGGGGGACUGGUUAAAUGCAUUGUCUGUACAAUUGUUUAUUCAGUAACUAAAGCCAGAAGAUGGAUGCCAUUCCAGUAUUUUCUCAGCUUAAAUCAUUUGUGCAGUGGGCUUCGGGGGACAGUAAAGGGGCUGAAGAGACACAAACUAAUUUUUUGAAGCUCUGCCCGGUGGUAUCCCAGGGCACAUCAGCAGUUCAGGCGAUCAUGGGCGAUGAAAAAGGUGCCAGAGAAACACAGAUUGAGUUCCUGAAAGGUGUAAAUGGCAUGGUGGAUUCUGUGCCAGUUGUUGGACAUGUAAAAGGUACAGUCCAUUACAUAUGUGGUGACAAGGAAGGUGGUGAUAAUGCUAUGAAAGCUGCAUCCCAUACUACAGGUGUCAUUGGGGGAGGGGUAGGGGGUUUUCUGAUCGGUGGUCCAGUGGGAGCAGCAGUAUUAGGAGCAGCGGGGGGAGUAUUAAUGGACGAAGUUAUUACUGUAGGUGAGAUUGCUGUAAACGGCGAAAAAGCCAAGCCAUAUGGCUUUGUUGAUAAUGUAGUCCGCAUUGUGAAGGACCCAAAGAAUGGAGGCAACUAUGUAGACCUGAUUGGUGCUACAGUUCUUGAUGGUGCGGCAGGAUAUGCAGCUGGGCAAGGGAUAGGAAAAGGAAUUGAGUACAAAUUAGAUAAAAGAAGGCUUGCAAAAACUGUUGGAAAAGAUGCUGCUAAACAAAUCAUAGAUGCUGGAGACACAAUGCGUGAUAUUCAUUCCAAGAAUAAUAUAAAAAAUAACAAGCCUCAUGUGUUAACAAAAGUCAAAGACCUUGAAACGGGCAAGACUUUUGAAGGUCAUAAUAAACAAAUACGCCAGGCUAUUAAGAACAAGAACCACAUGACAAAUGGACCAUCAGAAUUACAAAAGAGAGUGCCUGAUGCCAGUAAGGUAAUGAACAGGAAUCCUACUGCAUGUGCAGAGCACCAGGCCUAUAAUGGUUUAUACGCAGAACGUCCUGAUGCUUCACCUCAUGAAAUAAGAGGUGUGAGUGUCAAAAUGGACAGUAAAUUAAAAAGGCCAGUUAUCACUGAACGUUGUAGUAAUUGCAAGGAAUUUUCUCCUGCUAUGGGGUCAGUUCCUACUGAUCUCUUGCAUGAAACAGCUGUUCCAAUAAGAGUGAGCUUUGGCGAAGCAUCCCUCAUGACUGCUGCAGGAGUAGGUGUCCAUGCUUUGACUAAGGAAUUGCCUAAUUUAAAAUCACUUCAUAAAACGUUCUAAAUUCAUAAAGUACAAGGUAUAACAAGAAAUUACUAAUACCGAAUGUGGUUGCUGUCCCCCAUUUUCACAUCGAAAUGACAGCUCACCUGUGUUCCCCGCGUAUGAGCUUGAGAUAUCCAGCCAGUCACCUGAUUUCACCUGGUAAACUUCAGCAAACGAACCCAGGAGUAUGUCACGUCCAGUUGUAACCUUGGGAGUCCUUGCCAUCAGCCCCCAGCCAAGAUCAGCAGCUUAUAGUCCUUUUAGUUUAAAGUGUAUUGUGUGAUUAUCCCAGGUUAGUAAUGUAAUCCCCCAUGAUGGGGAUAUAGUGGAGGCGGUCGCAUCUACUGUAUGUCAACUGUAAGUUACGCUUAACAGAUCUCUCCAUAUAUCUGGAAAACAGCUGAUCCAGUUGUCAUGCAACAUCAAAUGAUCAGAUUAUGGGAAUAUAGGAGGCUGUCUGUCUGUCCGUAUAUCAGUCCAUCUGUGUGUCACACUCAUAAUCACUUUCCUUCAUUCCUUAUACUACUUUGUACAUACAGUUGAUAUAUGUCUUGGUCAUCAACUUUUUCAUCAUACCAAUAGCUCUAAUGUUGAGCGGGGGAUGCAUGUUAAUGGCAUACUUGUUUGUAAAGCGAACUAGAAUACUUAAGGACAGCUGUCUGAAGCUGAAAAACAUUAUGCAUGUGUGCUUACCUGCAUGUUUAUCAAUAUAUCUUAAUUAAUUAAUAGACUGGCCUGGUCUCCAUGACAACAUAGAUAACAUGAGGCCCUAAAGUGAAUCACAAAUUCUCAAGCAACUGGUCUUCUUGUUUGUUAUUGGAAGUAACUGACAUGAGUGCAUGUUUGUAAAAAGGUCUCAAAGUCAGAGACAGGGGCCACUGUGUGUUUGGACAACAUGUCUCAGACAAAAGAAAAGAAGAGCAGUGAAUAACAACUGACAAGACCUGCUCUGGGAGAAAUGCAUAAUUAAGAGUGCUGAAUAAACUAAUUAAAUUAACCCAUUACACGUUGACUUAUUAUCUUUAUGUAUCUAAACACCAGCUCUCCCUACAGAAGUAGCACUUUCAUUUUAUUUAAGUUAGUUAAUAAUAAUACUAAUAAUGGUUAUUAUUGGGUAUGAAUAAUUGAUCCUAUAUCCCUCACCAUGGUUAGAGACUUAACAGAACCACAACUUUUUAUUGUCAGUUUACGUAAAAAACAAAACAAAAAAAUAAUAUAUACAUCUCACACAUAUAAAAUCGACAUGUUUCUUUGCAAAUGUAAAAUAUAAUCCUGAUUUAUAAAAACAUAAAUAAAAUCAUCAAAUAUACAGAUGUAACACUUCAAUAACUGAUAACUGAUAUAUAUAUAUAUAUAUAUAUAU